GCACGCUCCAUUUCCCUUCCUAGCUUCCCCACAGCACCAGUGUGUAGGAAUCAACCACACAGAAGCUGAGGCUGUGCCUCAGAGGCAGGAAGCACCAGCUUCAAUAGUGAUAUACACUUCUACCCAGAAACUUGAUCCAGGAGGCACCAGUCAGAGCUGCUGUUAAUCAUUCACCCACACCACAGGAAGUGAUGUCUUUGUGGCAGUACCAGUCCUGAGGUUUCCCAAGUUCUGGACAGGUUCUCUCAGUGGAUACAUCAUCUAGACUGAGAGCCCAAGCUCUAGCUGCACCUAGAGGUGAGGUAAAUGGGUAGCCUGACACAUAGCCCUUGGAUGCAAUCUUUCUCCAUUCCACAUCAAGUUUGAUUUCUCUCAGGGAGUACUUAACAUGCACCCCCAAGUGCCCCCAUACUGACAUCACAAAGGGGCAGAAGGAAGUUGAAGGGCGGUUACCAGGCACCUACCCUGCUCCACCUUUGUUUGCUCUGGGAACAGCAAUGGUCAGGGCUACUUGGCAGUACCAACACACUUUCCUCCCAACAGCUGCUUCUUUGCGUCAGGGUGCACCCCUGAUCACCUGGCAGCCCCUUCAUCCUGGGACUUCCAAGCACAGGGCCUGAAGGACAACCCUGAUUUGCCCUCACAGGACACAAGACUGCUAGCAGCAAAAUCAGGUUUACAUGGACCGAACAUUAUUCCAGAAAGACAUCUGGCGAGAAGAGUUCUGGGACAACCCCUGGGACGUGGCUGGCCUGAUAGUGAUUGGCUUAUUCAUCUUCACAGUCCUGUUUCUCAUCUUGUUUGCUGUUACGUUUGGGUUGCUCUUUCCGAGGGAUAGUACUGAGGGUGACCAGCAGUGACCUGAUUUCCUGGGGUCUGAGAAGGCAGCAGGUUCCCAGCCCAGCCACCAACUUUGUAAGUCCUUGAGAGAGGAGGACACAAAAUAAUCAGAUGAAGUAAAAAUUCCUUUUCAAAUCUGC